AUGAAUCCCAACGACCAGUUCUUCCUAAGCCCUUUGCUCCAACCCGCUGAGUUUGCCUCACCCACGCAGACGUCCCAGGAGACUAACAGAAACCGGAAUGUGAGCCAGACUGACUUUCUUCUGGGGAUCCGGCAGGAUGAGGGUUCAACACUGCAGCCUCAGGUAUCCUAUCCCUCAUCUGUCACCAUUCCCGGGCUUGAACCAAAUACACAGCCCACUACUCCCUUACAACAUCCUGCCGGUGACGUGCAGCAGCCUUUUUAUGGGCAAGGUCAGACCCUGGCCGGGUCUCCAAUCUUCCCUCCCCGAUCUAAUAUCACCAAUAUAUCCCCUAUCAGUGUUCCGGAUACCCGUCCGCUAAACUACUUCUCAUUCCAACGCAACCCACCACUUGGUACCAACAUCACGUUCACAGAUAUAGCGCAACAAUCACAGGCAUAUGGUCAACAAUAUCACCUCCCUGCACCGCAGACGGCAACUCCAUGUGCCGGCCCUACUGGGGGUACCGAACUCCGGACCCGGUCCCUUUUGGAUUCGGGGUAUAUGUCUAGGAUUUCCGGAAUAUCUGGCAAUGCUUCGUUCCAGGGAACAUUGGCUAACAUACCUCAGAGCCCUCAAACGGUGUCUUUCAAUCAGCUUCUUCAACCAGGAUACACUCCUGGUUCGCAGUACACCCCUGAGCCCCAACCUGAGGCCAGCUCAUUCCUCAAUGAGCCAACCUCGCAACCUAAGCCAAGGAGGAAGAGAAAGGAACGUAGGGUUUUCUGUCCAGAGAAAGAUUGUCCUUGGACAGGCCGCUGUCCAUCGGAACGAAAGAAUACUAACACCACCGGCGUUCUUAGAAAGCAUAUCCAUCAAAAGCAUACAAAACCGCAUGCAUGCGACUUCUACGGCUGUACUAUGACAUUUGGCUCCGGUAGUGACCUGAAAAGACACAAGGAAAGCCGUCAUCCAUCCGAGCGCACUCCACAGUACAAAUGCUUUGCAACGAAAAAGAAGUCCUGCCUUGAAAGCACUCAUAUAUUUACAAGAAAGGACAAUUUCAGAACACACCUUGUCAAAACCCACGGACUUACUGAAAGUGAAGUGGCCGAACAUAUCGUCCUAUCCAACAAGUGGCUCUUUGACAUCAAAAGGGGAUCGAUUGAAACGCGUGAGAAGACUCUGCAGUCUCCAGUCCAGUUUGACUCUCACGUCCUAUCUACUCACCCUCAGCCGCAAUACCCUGCCAGUGUUGAUAUGAAUCUAUUACGACAACUUAAUCCCGCAGACUACAAUCCAGUAGAAGAUGCACUAGGGGAAGAGGAGUACCUUGAUAUGGCUAGAAGAUUAGAGGACGACCUGGAAAGCAUUAUAAGCGACUUCCGCAAAAGUAGCGGCGACCUCAACGUACCCGGUAUUCAAGAGCCUGUGGACUACAAUGGACCGAGCACCACACCUGGGAAUCCCUAUGUAAACUUGGCUGACAACCUAAUUGCUCGCAAUUCAAACCAGCAGACAUCGUAUAUUCCCCGGAGUGAGAACUCCGAUGAAAGAGAAUGGUCCCUGAGAGAAGUUGAGCGGAACUUUCAACAACCCACUACCACGCAAACUGUUGUUGUUGAAAAGGAGAAACAUCCGUGUGCCGAGCCAGGCUGCAAUGCUUCUUUCAAAAUUCCUUCCCUCCUGAAGAAGCACAGGAAACGGCACCGUAAGCCUUACGGUUGCACAUUCAAGGAUUGUUACAAGACAUUUGGCAGCAAAGCCGACUGGAAACGCCACGAAUCUUCACGCCACUCCCACCUUGAGCGCUGGCGCUGUGGUGACCCAGAUAUUACAGACUCCUCAAGAAGUUGCGCUAAAAUGUUUGAGCGUAGAAGCUCGUAUGAAUUCCAUCUUAAGGUCCACGGGAUUGACGAUGAAGAUGAAAUACUCCAGCGUCUUAAUGCCAAUAGGAUAGGAGGUGACUGCCAGUUCCGAUUUUGGUGCGGUUUUUGUAAUGCUUUGGUACCCAUAGCUACGGAGGGUUUUGCUGCCUUGAUCGAACGAUUCGAUCACAUCUAUAAUGAGCAUUUUGAAAAGGGGCAAGAUAUCUCCACCUGGAUUCUCCCAGAUAGCCAUCUUACCAAAGGCGAAGCAAAGCCACAGUCUCUUGGAAGGGCCCUACAGUACGCUGCCAGCGCGACGGAAACCACAAUAUCCGAGAGUGUUGAUAGCAAGUCACUCUUCGAGGACGUACCAGAGACAGAAGAGACCGGCGCUGCUCCUUCACAACGUAACAUUCGUCAAAUUCGAACAUUCCGCGCAAGCUCAAGAGGAAGACGUUCGCGAGUCUCUAUGUCACCACCAAAGAGCCUAAAGAGACGACGUGAAGAUAGCAGGCCGACUCCAGAAGCCCCAUCUGCCCCUACAACUGAAGCAGCCCCUGAAUUGCAGCUACCGACGGAUCAAUUUUCACGAGAGCUGGCAACCCUUGAGGAAAUCGGUACAUUCGAUUUCGAUGACUUAUUCAACGACGAUACUAUGUCUACCUGGUUCCUGGGAUCUCCAACUGAACCAUCUUAA